AUGAGACUUGUGGAGAGUGUGGCCGACCCUCAGGGACGGUUCUUGGCCUGUGUUCUAGCCAGCACGGCGAGAACUGAGAUCAAGAUUGUGUCGUUUGAAAGCGAGGAGUUCAAGUCGAGCAUCGAGUUCGAUUCAGAUACAGAGAUCGAGCGGGUGAAAUGGCUUCGCAACGAAAAUACCGGUUAUUUGGGUGUUUUGCUUUCUAAUAACGAGAUUCUGGUGUACUCGCCGCUGGCUAAAGAGGUUAUCAACAAGAUCUCCACCGGGUUUGCCCUCAGUGACUUUACAGACGGCCCAGGAGUGGACGUCUGGGGAUACGAUAAAAAGAACAUGACGCUACGCAAAUUUGGCCUGUUUGAAAACCGCAUAGUGGACUCCAGACCCUGGGCCACAGAUAAACAGUGUCAGUAUCUCCAGUUCCUCGAGUCGAACCUGGCCAUUGCAUCCUCAGCAUUGUACAUUAUCGAUCCUUACAAGAUACAAGAGUCCCAGCAGGACGUGAAGAUCCCUGCUCCCAAAUCACACCAGGCCUCGAUCACCAACGUUGUGCAGUGCAAAAGCAACACGGACUUGCUUGCUGUGUCGAGAGCAGAGGACUCGCUCGUCCAGAUCGUUUCGGUUGCAAGCUCCAAGGUGCUGUUGACGCUGAAGUGUCUUUCUGCUGCCGUUUCCAUCACUUUAUUGGAGCCUCUGUCGCUUGCUGUUGUUACUGAGGACGGAACUAUCGAGAUAUUUGCCGACGUGUUUGGCAAAAAGGCCAGAAAACAGGUCGGCUCGAACUUGCAACUCAAGACCAACACGGGAGUCAAGUUCGUCAACCUUGUGGCCAAGGACAGCCAUUUCAUUGGCUCAUGGUUCGACGGCUACGAAGCCAAUUUCACCGAGUUCGAGGUGGAAAACCUGGCCCAGGACGGCGAAAUCACCAUCGACGUGGGCGAGGAAAACGAGUCCGAGUCCGACGUGGAGAUGGACGAUGAGGAGAACCCGACUGAGGAAGAGGAAGACACAGAAUACCACAGAGACGAGGUGUCGGAGGUGCACGCAUUAAUAGUUGAGAAUCUGGCCGAUGUGGAGCUGCUUGCUACCAUUUUGUCACAGAACCAAGAGAGCGCGAAAUCGACCAUGUUUCUGCUCAAGGACCAAGAGUCGCUUGAUUUGUUCCGCAGCCUGGCAUUGGUGCUUUCUGACGAUGGCCAGAAGUCACAGGGAUUGGGCAACUGGCUCAAAUGGCUGCUGAUAUCCAAAGGAGGACUGAUCUCGAAGGAUCCCGAGUCUGUGGCGCUUCUGAAGCUGUUGCAGGCGAUGCUGAACGAAAAUUCGCGUAUUCUGCCCAACCUGCUGGCGCUCCAAGGUCGUCUGGCAUUGCUGCAGUCGCAACUGAAGCUGCGUAACGAUAUUAUGAGCAAGAAAGACACAGGUGCACAGAACGACGUGAGUUUUGCAGAAAGCUCUGUGUUCCUGGACGGAGAGAACGACGAUUACGAGUUCGAAGAGGAGGCCGAAGACGACAAGAGCGACGACGAAGACGAGGACUAA